AUGCGUUGGGCAGGAAGCAUGUUCCUCCUCCUCUUCACCCUAUCCAUUCCCUUCUCCCAAGCUUGGUCCAUUGAUUACCCCAGCCCCAUUGCCAACCUUCCUUCUCUCUGGACCAACAACAAUGCCACUGUCCCCUACAACGCGACCUACGCCUCCGGUUCGAUGAUCAGAGCCAUUCUUUUCAGGCAAAACCCGGUUGGGUAUGGUCCAUCCUUUGCCUGCGGCUUCAUUUGCACCGCUCCCUGCGAGACUUUCCUCUUCGCCGUCUUCUCUGUAUCCAUUGGUGAUACCAGCGCCGCAGCCAUCAAUGCCUCAGCACCACCAAGGGUCGUGUGGGCAGCCAACAGGUACCAUCCGGUGAGGGAGAAUGCAUCAGUCCAGAUCACCAGGGACGGCAAUCUUGUACUCCGAGACUUUGAUGGCUCACCGGUCUGGUCCACAAACACAUCAGGCAGCCCCGUCGUCGGUAUGAAUCUUGCUCAGACUGGCAACCUGAUUCUCUUCGAUGCGGUGGGGAAGACGGUGUGGGAAUCGUUCGAGCACCCUACCGACACGCUCCUUAUUGGGCAGUCGCUGAGGCAAGGGCAGAGGCUUACUUCAGUUUCCACAAAUUGGACUCAAGGUCAGUUCUACCUCACCGUGCUUGAUCAUGGCCUGUAUUCUUUCGUCAAUGGAGAUCCUCCAGAGUUCUACUAUCAGAAAAGGUUCAAUGCUACUGAUGCAAUGGUUCAAUCAAAGAUGAACAUAUCCUCUGGUGAAGUGAAGAAUGGCACAGCUUAUAUUUCCUUCUUGAAAGGUAGCCUCUCAGCAUUUGGCGGCUUAAACAACACGGACAUCAAGUUGUUCGAUAUACCAUUGCCGUGGCCAUCUUCAGCACAGCUCAUAAGCCUCGAGGAUGAUGGGCAUCUAAGGGUUUAUGGUUGGGGUGGCAUCUCAUGGGAGUCUCUGGCUGAUGUUCUGGAUGUUUACCCUGAUGGAUGUGCAUAUCCUACAGUAUGUGGAGAGUAUGGAAUUUGUUCACAAGGACAGUGUAGUUGCCCAACUGGAAAUUCAGGAGAUGCACCUUUUCGUCAGCUGGAUGUUCGGCACCCUGAUAUGGGCUGUUCACUAGCCAUUCCUCUCUCUUGUGACUUUAUACAGCAUCAACAGCUUCUGCCUCUCACGGGCGUCACAUACUUCAAUUUUGGAAAUAGCUGGGCUACUCAUGAAGAAAGUUGCAAGGAGGCAUGCUUGAAGGCCUGUACAUGCAAAGCAGUAUUUUUCCGGUAUCAAAAUGAUUCAUAUGGUUCUUGCUAUCUGAUGCCAAAGAUUUUUUCACUUAUUAGUUACAAGCCUGGAACUAUUGGAUAUAACUUGUCUGCAUAUAUCAAAGUGCAGAUGCUACCUCCACCAGCACCGAGUAACGACUUGCAUUUAACUGCUUACCAUGUUGGUGUUCCUGUUCUAGUAGCAAUUAUCGCCCUGCUGAUUCUCGUCAUUAAGAGGGCAAUAUCAAAGCGGAUGCAAGAAGACGAUCCAUUUAAAGGAAUCCCUGGGAUGCCAACACGGUUCACCUAUAAACAGCUGAAGAAAGCAACCAAUAACUUCAGCAAAAAGCUUGGGCAAGGAGGAUUUGGACCAGUGUAUGAAGGAAAACUUGGAAACGUCAAAAUUGCUGUCAAAUGCCUGCGUGACCUUGGGAAUGGGAAGGAAGAGUUCAUGGCCGAAGUCAUCACAAUUGGCAGCAUUCAUCAUAUCAAUCUUGUUAGAUUGAUAGGUUAUUGCUCUGAUAAAUUACACAGGCUCCUUGUUUACGAGCAUAUGAGCAAUGGGUCUCUGGACAAAUGGAUCUUCAAGAAAAACCAAAGUGAUUCCCUCAGUUGGGCAUCUCGAUACAAAAUUAUCCUUGACGUUGCAAAGGGAUUGGCCUAUCUUCAUGAAGAAUGUCGACAGAAGAUUGUUCACCUUGAUAUAAAGCCUGGAAAUAUCCUCCUUGAUGAAAAAUUUAAUGCAAAGAUCUCUGAUUUUGGCUUAGCAAAGCUUAUCGAUAGAGAUCAAAGCCAUGUGAUGACCAAAGUAAGAGGAACAAGAGGCUACUUGGCACCAGAGUGGUUGACAUCAACAAUUACUGAGAAGGCUGACAUAUACAGCUUUGGCGUUGUGCUGCUGGAAAUUGUAAGCCGAAGGAAAAUCCUGGACAGUAACCAGCCUGAAGGAGGCACCAAUCUGAUUAACCUACUGCAAGAGAAAAUGAAGGUUGGGCAAGUCCUGGAUAUAGUGGAAAAUCAUAAUGAAGAUGUCCAAUUGCAUGGAGCAGAAAUGAUUGAAGUAAUCAAGCUUGCAGUCUGGUGCUUGCAGCGUGAGGUCAGCAAACGACCAGCAAUGUCACAGGUCGUGAAGGUGUUGGAAGGUGCCAUGGAUACAGAAAGCACCGCAAGCUUUGAGACAACUAGCAGAGAUGAGAUAUUUGACGCUUCAUCCCCUCUCUCCCCCGUGCCAGUAUCAGCAAGAUGA